AUGAGCCAGGAAAUUUUGUCACAGCCUACUUUAGAUGUAGAUCCCACAGAAGUUAUAUCUGAAACUACAGUGGUGGAUCCCACAGCUAUUCAGCUAAAGAAGACAAGAACUGUGGUGAAACUGGAUUAUGAAAAGCUAGUUUCACGAAAAGGACUGCCGUACUUGCUUAAGAAUGGUCCUAAACAUGUACGAAUUUCUAAGAGGAGGGAUGCGUACGAAAACUUGUGUCAUAUUUUACACUUCUACCAACUCUGGGCACAUGAAUUGUAUCCAAAAGCGAAGUUUCGUGAUUUUGUAGCAUUAUGCGAUCGGAUGGGGAAGAGUGGCAGGAUGCUGCGAGACUAUCGGAUGAAAAUGCUUCGAGAAGAACUAGGACUUGAUAUAGCUGAGGAGCUCACAAAUAACAACCAUGCCGAUGUAGCAAAUAAGCAAGAGUCGCGUGCACAACAAGGGUCCGCUGUUACGGUGGAUACUAAAGAACCCGAGCAAAGACAAUUAACUGUGGCAGAACAGGAGCAUGAUAUGGCAGCGUCUCCUGCCUACACUUUUGACGAUGCACGACUUCUAGAAGAGAUGCAGCAAAUAGAAAAUAACCACAGAGAAGUCGAGGAAGAUGUUGAUGAAGACCAAUUGGCUAUUUUAAGAGAGAUGGAAGGGCAAUUUUAA